AUGGCAGACGCAAACAAAGGCGCCAAAAUCACCCUCUACUGGCUGGAACAUUCCCGCGCACAGCGCAUCCUCUGGCUCCUCGAGGAACUCAACCUCACCUACGAGCUCAAGACCUUCAAGCGCGGCCGCGACAUGCUGGCCCCAAAGGAGCUCAAGGACGUCCACCCGCUAGGCAAAUCCCCGCUUCUCAGCAUCGAGACACCCAGCUCCCCCAAGCCGCUGGUUCUCGCCGAGUCCGGGCUGAUCAUGGAGUAUCUAUGCGAUCAUUUCGGGGGCGACAAGCUCGUCCCCCGGCGCUAUGUUGCCGGCAAGGAGGACCAGCCGGGCGGGGAAACCGAGGAGUGGAUGCGGUACCGGUACUACAUGCAUUACACGGAGGGCAGCUUCAUGCCGUUCCUAGUGAUGCAGUUGGUGAUGGAUAGCAUCAGGAACGCCCCCGUCCCGUUCUUCGUCAAGCCGUUGACCGGCAUGGUCGCGUCAAAGGUGGAGCAGGCGUUCGUCGCGCCCAACUUGACCUCCCACUUUAAGUUCCUCGAGGAGCAGCUGAAGACCGCGCCGGGGGGUGGCCCUUACCUGUGCGGCAGGGAGCUGAGUGCUGCUGAUAUCAUGAUGAGCUUCCCUGUUAUUGCGUCCUUGAUUAAAAUGCCUGAUCUCCGGGUCCAGUACCCGAAGUUGGCGGACUACACGGACAAAUUGCAGGUGAUGGAUGGGUACAAGCGGGCUGUUGCGAAGGUAGAAGAGAUAGAUGGAUCGUUCAGCGCUUAUGCAUGA